AUUAUUGACCAUCUGGCUGCUCUCAGUCCAUCCUCUCUCCCAUUCUUCUCUCUUCUCUCUUCCCAAUGGACGUCUCGCUGUCGGCACCACUGCUUCGAAUCCAUUUACCUUAUCCGCGACCAUAGUCAAGACAACGUCAAACCGUUUCUUCAGCUGCUCUCUUCCCCGCACGCUACGAUGGCGCCACACAUCCGCUGCAUCCAUAUCCGACAUCGGCCAGCGUAUGGUACCCCAGUGCUUUCUGCCGGAGACAUUCUGGUUAAAGUUAUGGGCCGUGGGGUCUCUCCCCAUCAGGUCGUCCUCGACUGCCACUUCACGCAGGCCUGGCUGCCAACAAACUACGAUGAAGCACUGUCGUCUAUCACACAUAUGGUUCUCACGUUUUACGGCGUCGUCCCGCUUCACAGCGUUUUCGCGUACCUCGUGCUCUUCCCAGGUCUGAGGUCGCUGCGACUGCGGACGCAGGAUUGGCGGACGGAAAGCGGGGACAUGCAAUGGUUUCCGGAGAGGGCUCAGACUGCCACUCCAGAGUCGUUGUUACCUCGAAACUUGCACCAGCUAGAGGUCGACCAGUCCAUCCACCUGCGCCGGUUUGCUGAGUCAGCGGCCUUCCAACGGCGGUUUACCUCGCUGAUCUUGCAUGAUAUGCCCUCAACGUCUAUUGGCGAUCUCAAUUUCUACCUGACCCGUCCAUCUGUCGCGUCUUGCCUGACUUCUCUGACUUUGGACAAACCUCAUGCCUUCAUCCCAUAUGAGCUUCCCAUCGACAAGCUCCAGGCUCUCAAGCACCUGAACAUCCAUCACACUAGUGAUUCAGCUAGUCUCAUCUUAUUGGAACUCCUCAGUGGCUUUCAUGAAGGCAGCAACCUUGAAUAUAUUUCUAUUGUCUUGUACGACGGGGACGUUCUACUGACGGAUCAGGAACACAUUGCUCAUAAACGUGUCUCGUUCGUCGACGAGUUGCUGACUCAAAUCACAUCGACCUCCUUUCCGCGCCUGAAAAAAAUCACCUUCUCUGGGGCACCAGUGCCACAGAAUCCACCGAAUCACCCGCCUCAGUUGUACGCUCUACCAGCCCAAACCCAAACCGAGAUUCAGACGCGUAUGCCUUGGUGUACCAAACAAAAAUUGCUGGUGUUCUACUGA